AUUGUUGAUUUAAAUUGUUAAUUUAUUAUGUAUUAACAAUUUAACUUCACAUUAUUUAUUUUAACAUAUUAAUAUGAUUAAUUUAAUUAUAAAAUUAAAGCAAUAAUUAAGACAUCGCUCGUCAACUCCUGCAUUCCCUCCCUUGUAUUCAGUAUUCACCAACCUUUACUCAUCCAUAACCAUCGCUUCUCCAUCUCUCUGUUAGUUCUCUGCUUCCUCUCUUCAUUUAGCUCUCUAAUUCUUUAGCGACUGUUUUGCUUUUCUGUUGAUUUCAGCGGUCCUUUCUUGUAUUUAUUUUGUUAGACUCUGAUUUCUUGAUCUAUUUUGUUUUUGCUAUGAGAUUUCAAAAAAAAAAAUCAAAAUGGUUAUCGAUAUCUUUAUCUCCAUCUUCACUGAAGUCAUUAAAGAACCCAUCAAGGAAUUUGUUGUCGUCCCAAUCAAACGACAUAUCAGCUACCCUUUCACCCACAAGAUCAAGGUUGAGAAACUCCAUCAUGAGGCUGGGAGAUUGAAGAACAGAACAGUCAAGUUGAAGCAGGCUGUUGAGGAGGCUACAAGGAAAGGGGAAGAGAUCUAUGAAAGUGUUAACAAGUGGCUGAUCGAUGCAGACAAAGCUAUUGAAGAAGCUGAGGAAUGUAUCCAAGGCGGAGAACAAGCGAAAAAGAGGUGUUUCGUUGGAUUAUGUCCUGAUUUGAAAACACGCUACCAGCUUAGCAAGAAAGCAGAGAAGAAAGCUCUGGCAAUUCAUGAGCUGGCGAAUGAAGGCGACCUUGAUUCAAUUUCCUUCCGUCCCCCUCUACAGCAGAUAGUUGCCCCGUCAGUAUAUGCUCGUGAGGGCUUGAAUUCAAGAGAGUUGUUCUUGGAGAAAGUUAUGGAUGCACUAUUAGAUCCAGAUCUUAAUAUGAUCGGGGUGUAUGGACUUGGAGGUGUGGGUAAGACCACCCUAGCAAAACAGGUCCAUAGAAAAGCUAUAGAAGAGAACCUGUUCGACGUCGUGGCUAUGGUUGCUGUAAAUCAAACACCAGAACUCCGAAGAAUUCAAUCGGAGAUCGCUGAUAUCCUGGGCUUGAAAUUUGAUGUGGAGGAAAUACCUGGAAGAGCUAAUCGGCUGUAUGAGAGGUUGAAGAAAGAGUUGGAGAAAGAGAAGAAAGAGAAGAAAGAGUUGGAGAAAGAGAAGAAGGUACUUAUAAUUCUUGAUGAUAUUUGGAAAACACUUGAUUUAAAUGCAGUAGGAAUUCCCUUUGGAGAUGGUUUCAAAGGAUGCAAAAUACUUCUCACCUCAAGGGGACAAGAUGUGUUAUCUCGCGAGAUGGGCACACAGAAAGAAUUCAAGCUCGACGUUCUACAGGACGAAGAGGCGCGGAGUUUGUUUGAAAUAACUGUAGCAGGUGCUAAAGAUUCAGAAUUGCCCCCUAUCGCCGCAGAAAUUGCUAAAAAAUGUGCAGGAUUGCCUCUGCUACUGCUCACAGUGGCGACGGACUUGAGAAAUAGAGAGUUAUACGCGUGGAAUGAUAAGCUCAAUCAGCUAUCCGAGUUUGACAACGAAGAAAUCUAUUCGAAAGUGCACACGAUUAUGGAGUCAAGCUACAAUAAUUUGUGCAGCAAUGAAGUCAAGUCGUUUUUCUUGCUUUGUGGUCUGUUAGGACAAUCUAAUAUUGAAAUCCAGUCCUUGCUGAAAUACGUUAUUGGUCUUAGUUUAUUCAAGAACAUUUCCACUGUCCAGGGAGCAAGAAACAAAGUAUAUAGUUUGAUUGAUACCCUUAAAGCGCAGAGCUUAUUGCAAGAUGGCGACGUGUAUGGAUUCGUAAAAAUCCAUGAUGUUGUUCGAGAUACUGCUCUCUUGAUUGCAUCUAGAGAGCAACAUGCGUUUAUAGUUACAAGUGGCAGGGAGUUGAUGAAAUUCCCAAAUAAGGAUUGCACCAGAAUUUCUCUGCCGUAUUGUGAUAUUGAAAAUCUCCCCGAAGGAUGGGAGUGCCCAAAAGCAGAGGCACUACUCCUUUUUACCGAAAUUUUUUCUUUGGGAAUCCCACAUCAGUUUUUCAAGGGCAUUAGAAACCUCCAAGUAGUGGAUUUUACUGGGAUUCAUUUUGUGUCCCUCCCUUCAUCGCUCGCUUUCCUAUCCAACCUUCAUACCCUUUGCUUGCAUCGAUGCCAACUGGACGACUUAGCUAUCAUUGGAGACUUGAAGCAACUACGAGUUCUUAGUUUUGCAAACUCCUACGUCGUUGAGUUGCCCAGACAAAUAGAGCAACUGACUCGACUAAAAGUCUUAGAUGUGAGCAAUUGUUCCAAACUCAAAAUGAUUCCAGCAAAUGCCUUAUCAAAGCUGUCGGAGCUUGAAGAACUGUACAUGAGUAACAGCUUUGUUGAGUGGGAGGCCGAUGGGAACAAUGCAAGCCUUGCUGAGUUGGAAAAGUUGUCUCAGUUGACUACCUCGGAAAUGCAAAUACUGGAUGACAAGAUAUUACCAAAACACUUGUUCUCCAAUGGCCGCUUGCAGAGCUUUAGAAUACUGAUAGGGGAUAACUGGGACUGGGAUGGCAACUAUAAAACCUCCAGAACGCUGAAACUUAAGCUCAAGGCAUGCAUUCAUUCAGGAUACGGGAUUAAAGUGCUAUUGAGGGAGACUGAAGAUUUAUGCUUAGAUGAAGUGAGGGAGGCUGAGAACUUGUUGUAUGAUAUUGACGGGGACGGCUUUCCAAAAUUGAAGUAUUUCAGAGUCCAAAAUAAUCAUGUCAUUCAACAUAUCAUCGAUUCGACAAAGUGGACAGAAUGUGAUGCCUUUCCAAUUCUAGUCUCUUUGAAUUUAGAAAAUUUAAUGAAGUUGGAGAAGAUUUGUCAUGGCCGACUCACACUAAAUUCUUUUAAUAAAUUAGAAAUUUUACAAGUGAGAAAUUGUGAGAGAUUGACGCAUUUCUUCUCAUUAUCUACCGCCAAGUGUCUUUUGCAAUUACAGGAAAUGGAAGUAAGAGAUUGUCCUAAAAUGGAAGCUAUUGUUAUUGAUGAAAAUGAAAACAGUAAUGAAGUACUUGAAUUCAAUUGCUUGCGCUCGUUGAAUUUGCAAAAUCUUCCGAAUCUUAGAAGUUUUCACACCAAAAUGAAGGCGUCAUCGAAAAUUGAGGAAUUUCUAUCAGAACGGGAGACUGAUACUUACUUAUCACUUUUCAGCAGAACGGUUUCUUUCCCCAACUUGGAGCAUCUUCAAUUAGAUUCAGUUAGUUGUGAAAAGAUAUGGCACGACCAACUUUCUGCAACUUCUUCAAAAUUAGAGAGCUUGUCUGUGAUUAGCUGCAACGAGUUGAAGCAUUUAUUUACAGCUUCAAUUGUUAAAAGACUCUUUCAGCUCAAAACACUUUAUAUUUCCUUUUGUAGUUCCAUGGAAGAAAUAAUACUAACAGAGGAAUUUAUAGAAGAGGAAGAUGAGAGGUUGAAUCAGAUACUCUUCCCUAAAUUGGAUGAACUGACACUUUGGAAUCUUCCAGAGUUGAUUAGAUUCUGCACUGGAUAUCAAAUUGAAUUUCAAUCUCUUAGAUACUUGAACAUAAGCCGUUGCGAUGCAUUGAUGGGUUUGGUCCCCAGUGUCCCUCAUACAGGCAUGAUGGAAACACAAGAUGACACAGAGAUGAAUCAGAAUCAGAGUGCUGAAAUUCAAUCUCUCUUCAAUGGAAUGGUUGGUUUCCCUAACUUGGAGAGAUUGAGUCUCUUCGGCAUAAAUGAGUUGAAAAGGAUAUGGCACAGCCCACUUGCGGCAAAUUCCUUCUUUAAACUAAAAUCGUUGAAUGUUUCUUUUUGCCAGAAAUUGAUGGUUGUUUUUCCAUCAAAUAUCUUAGAAAGAUUCCGAAAAAUGGAGGAGUUGCAUGUGAGCAGUUGUGCUUCGUUGCAAGAGAUAUAUCAACUUGAAGGGUUCAAUGUUAAUGAAGCAUUUGAGCUGAGAAGUCUAAAUAUAUAUGGACUGAGGUCGUUGAAGCAUAUAUGGAAGAAGGAUCCACAAGGAGUUUUUAGUUUUCAAAAUUUGAAAUCAGUUAAAGUUUCAGAUUGCGAUGUUCUAAACUAUCUGUUUCCAGGGACACACAUUUUUGAAUGUCAGAAAUUGACAAGUUUGGAUGUUCGUAAUUGUCACAAAAUAAUAAAAUUCAGUUCCCAAGAAAUACAGAAAGAGGGCAGACAACCCCUACUUUUUUUGGAAAAGAUGAGUCCCAACUUGGAGGAAUUGACUUUAGAGCACAAGGACUUGAUUGCGAUACAGCAAGGACAAUUCUUUUCUAAACUCAAAAUGCUUACUUUGACCAACUUACAGAACAAAUCACGCCCUUUCAUAAUUGGUUUCCUUGAAAGAUUAUAUUCUGUGGAAACAAUUUUGGUAGAAGGUCCAAAUACUUCAGAAGAGUUGUUCUCAUAUGAAGGACUUGCUGGAGAAGAAGAAGAACAUGCCAGGACACUUGCACGAGUGAAAAAUUUGAAGCUAGAGGCCGUUUAUAGUUUAAAGCAUAUAUGGGACCCAGACUCUGGACUGAAACCACUUCUUCAGUAUCUCGAGACUUUGAGUGUAUUUAAUUGUGGUAGUUUGAUCAACGUAGCACCAUCCUCAUCAUCUUUCCAAAAUCUAGCAACUCUUGAAGUGAGGUACUGUGCAGGAUUGGCAAACUUGAUAACAGCGGCCACAGCCAAGUCCAUGGUGCAACUCACCAAAAUGACAGUACGAGAUUGCGGUAUGAUGACAGAAAUAGUGACCAGCGAUGGAGAUGAUCAUACAGAGGAUGAGAUUAUUAAUUUCAACAAACUGAAAUGUUUGGAACUUGAUGGUCUGCCUGGUCUCAUCAGCUUUUGCUCCGGCAAUAAUGCCUUCAAUUUUCCAGCUUUAGAAAAUGUUACCGUCAAGGGAUGCUCCCGGAUGAAGAUUUUCGCUUUCGGAGAUCUAAAUACACCAAAGCUACGAGGAAUACUCCUGGGAGAUCAACAGCGUUGGGGGGGAAACCUUAAUGCAACACUAGCAGAAAUGGAUGGAGUAAUGUGGAAUGUCCAUUAUUGGAGUAGAUGAGCAUACAUGAAUGUACAAGCUUAAAGAAUAUCUUUGCCACACAAACACUAGUGAACACAGUUGAUGAGCUUCAUACACCUUCAUACACCUUUUCUUUAUAAGAUGUUUCCAAAUUUGAGAAAAUUGUCCUUAGACAAGAAGUCUACCAUAACCAUACUUGGAUUUCAAUUUCCAACAGGCUUCUUUUCCAAAGUAAAAGUUCUUGAAUUGAGUUUCUUUCUAAACAAAUAUCAUGUUCCUCUGUUUAGUUUACUUCCAAUAUUCUCUAAUCUCGAAAGAUUUGAAGUUCUUGAUUCUUCUCUCAAUGAGUUACUUCCAUUUGAAGGACUGGGUGGUGAUUAAGAAGAUAUCACUACAGUUCCACAAAUAAGAGAUUUAAAGCUUAAAAAU